CCGUCGUGGAGUAGGCGGUGGCCACCCAUGCCUGUGACGCCGGCGGCCGGCCCCAGCUGCGCAGGGUUGCCGCCGCAGACUCCGGAGAGCUCGCUCCCCGGAUUACAUGGCCCCCCACGGCGUCUGGGCGUUUCGAAGCCGUCAUGGGUCGUCCGCACCGAGUCAAAUGUUAGGAGAGAACGACCAAAACGGCGUGAACCUCCAUGCACCAUCUGCAAUGGCACAGGGGCAAUAGAUUGCCGCAUCUGUUUUGGUAGAGGAAGAACAAACCAUGUCAAUCUAGCCAUGCUCCCCAAGGGUGAAUGGCCACAAUGGUGCAAAAUAUGUGGGGGCAGUGGCCUAGAUUACUGCCACCGGUGUCACGGAACAGGUGAAUAUCGAGAACCCAUGGGCUUUCACUUCACUGUCAAUAGGUAAUGAGCUUGGCACAAGCAGAUCUGGAAGGCCAGUUAAGCUGAAUAGCUUUGCCAAAAAAGCAAGUCCGAUUGAGGCUGUAAGACGUAUGUUUGAGUGAGCCGUGGGAAGUUGUAGCCCAAUACUGGAAGGGUGCUACUGUGAAAACUUUGAUGCGGUGCUAGUGAUGUACGAGAGUAUUUUUUCUCAACAAAGAAAAUGGGAUGCAAUUAUGAUCAGGGCGUCAUCAGUUCAAUUAACUGGCCAAAAUGGUGUAAGCAAAUGUAUAUCAGGUGAUAAAUAAGGGCUAUGCUUCUGAGCUCUUGAGGA